AUGGAGGCUCCAGAGAUUGAUGACUUCCAUCGUGCGGUGCGGCCAUUUCUGCUGAUUUCGCAACUCUUUUCGCUGUUUCCCCUUGGGGGACUGUUUGGCCCAACGCUGCAAGACAUUCGAUUUCGUUGGUACGGACCGGGAACUAUUUACAGUAUUUACUUCUUCUUUUCGGCUCUCGUCACACUGACAGCGCACAUUUAUUAUAGUGUUUAUGUUGACACAUCUUUCGGAACAUCGGAAAUUAGUAAUAUUAUAUACUACGUGCUGAACCUGUUCGGUGCAGUCGUGUUCCUGGCAAUAGCUGCCCGCUGGAGAACGAUCAUGGAGAAGUGGCGCAGCCUAGAGGAACCCUUCUUACAUCCACCGUACGCUGAAAGAAGAUUUUGGAGUUUGAAGCGACUUAUCGCGGUCAUUGGCAGUACGAUGUUUGUUCUCGCAUUUUUCGAAGAUUUACUGCACGUUGCUUCGGUUUACUAUACGAAUCUUCAGUUCUAUAAACACUGCGAUAAUAGUACACCAUUCUGGACGCUUUUCUACGAACGUGAACAUCCCAAGUUCUUCCACUACCUGCCGUACAGUUUGCCGGCGGUACUGCUGCUGGAACUGACUCACAAGAUAUUCCUAUACGUAUGGACUUUUAUGGAUCUGUUUAUAAUAUUCGUUGCACUUGGGCUGACCCGUCGGUACGACCAAUUUUAUCGUCAUGCAGUCCGUUACAAGGGUCGUCAUGUGACGGGUACGGUUUGGAAGCAGUUGCGGUUGGACUAUGGAAAAAUCUGUCGUCUGGUGUUGUACAUGGAGGGUAUAAUGGCUCCUAUCAUCGUUAUCACGACUGCUUCCGAUUUAUAUUUCAUUUUCUAUCAGAUGUUCAACUCAUUUCAACUUUCUGUCUCACUCCUGUCCGAGAUGUACUUUAAAUUUUCACUAGCCUUUCUUAUAUUUCGUACACUCGCUAUGCUGAUGUUCGCUUCUAAUAUACAUGUGGCAUCGUUGAGACCACUCGAUAUUUUACGAUCAACACCGAUGAGUUGCUGGACAAUAGAUGUGCAACGCUUUACGCAAGAACUUUUGACGAGUAGAAACUGUCUUUCGGGAUAUGGGUUUUUCUUCCUAAAUCGUGGCGUUAUACUUGCGAUGGCGGGAACGUUAAUCACGUACGAGCUAGUCAUGCUGAAGGAAGUCAAUCCACCGACUGAAAAGGGUGAUUUUUGUAAGGAUGGAUAA